UGUAAUCCGCAAAAGCAAAAUAAAAUGGACCGCGGUAAAGGCAGCGGGUCGAAUAGAUCGCAAAAAAAGGUUCCUCUGGGAGGAGAACUAUUUGCCCUCGGCACCAAGAAUGUACGCGAUGACUCGAAGUCCAAGAUCUUGCCCAUCAAGGCCAUAUCCUCGACAGACCGCAAACGCGAAGCCUCCUCCUCUUUAGCCAGUUCGAGCAAGCGGUUUCGGGGCAACCUAAAAGAUGCAAGCGCCACGGACAUUUCCUCCGGAAGCAGCCAGUGCGAGUCCUGGGAGCAGUUUGCUAUUGACUGCGACCUGGAGACUGUCAUCGAAACUAUAUACGCGGCCUUGGAGCAAAACGACAAUGAAACUGUAGGCCGGCUGGUCUGCGGCGUUAUAAAACAGACAACCACAAGCUCCUCUCGUUCCAAGGUGGACAAUAUAUCCCUGCUGGCACUUAUUUACGUGUCAAAGCUUCAGCCUAGUAUAUUUUCCACAGAUAUAGUGGCCUGCGCGUUGUUAUCCUUCUUGCGACGGGAGGCUAAUGUGAAAAUGAGGUACAACACCAACCUGCACAUCCUGUUUUCCAAUUUGUUGACGCGGGGCUUUGUAGACAUAUCUCAGUGGCCUGAAAUAAUCCUCCGCACCUAUAUAGACGAUGCGGUCAACGAGCGUUUCUGGGCGGAUAAUGAAUUGUGUGCUCCUUUGGUCAAAAACAUAUGCGCUUCAUUUAAGACACGAACUCCACACAUAAGUCUACUUCGGUGGGAUGUGAGCACGGCUCUUCCAUCAGGUCAGGCGCACAGAGACAGCAUGACCGUGGACGACGAUUCAGGAGACAAUUCCACGCAAAGCUUAGAUGCCAGUCCCCUGAACACCGAGUCUGAACCCAUUUCCGAUGCCAUGUGCACCACGAAACCAAGGUUUAGCGACGCUGUGGUGCAAAAGCAUGUGAGCGAUGCCAUUCGCGACCAGCUGAACAAACGCCAGCAGCAGGAUAACUACACCAGGAACUUUCUUAAGUUCCUAUGCACCACUUCUGGUAUUGCAGAGGUGCGAUGUCUGAGCAUUUCCCGGCUAGAGCUGUGGAUCCACAACGGAAAGUUGGUAAAGUUCGCCCAGCAACUGCUCUCAUACAUCUGUUUUAACAUCAAGGGACGCAACACUCAAGACAACGAAGUCCUCCUGGUUCUGGUGAAGAUGCGCCUUAAAACGAAACCCCUGAUCAACCAUUAUAUGUCGUGCUUAAAGGAGAUGAUCUAUUUACAGCCAGACAUCUUAAGUACUGUGAUGAAAUUGGUUGUGCAAAAUGAGCUCUCUAACACGAGGAAUCCGAACAAUAUGGGAAUGCUGGCCACUAUGUUUCAAACGUCUUCCGAUCAAUCGGCUGCAAAUCUGGCUGAAAUCUACCAGGAAUUUUUGCUACAACGGGACGAUUGCCUUCGCACCUUGCGUGUCUUUUUAAGGGAACUUGUGCGAAUGCUUCGCUUUGAUGUAAACCUGGUCAAGUUUUGCAAGACAUUCCUCAGUGAGCGGGAGGACCUCACGCCGCAAAUUGAAAUGUUUGAGUUUAAGGAACGAAUCUUUCACUCCAUGGUAGACAUUGUGUGUCUUUGCAUGUUUUUGUCGGCCACACCGCAGGCUAGGGAAGCCAGUUUGUCUCUAAAAACAAAUCGAGAUACAAAAAAUAACCAUGCGCUGCUUAAGUUAUAUAAUCAGAUGUCGCAGAUUCAAUUGGACACUGUGUCCUGGAUGUACGAAACUGUGCCCACUGUAUUCAAGAUACCAGCCGCCGAAUAUCACCAAGCGCUACACAAACUACUGCUUUUGGAUAGCCCAGAGCAGUAUUCGCGUUGCGAUCAGUGGCCGUCAGAGCCAGAGCGAGGAGCAAUUUUAAGGAUAAUCUCCGAGACGCCGAUUCACGAAGAGACCCUUCUGCGAAUUAUAUUAAUAGGAAUCACCAAGGAUAUUCCCUUUUCCAUUGCAAACACCUUUGAUGUCCUCUUGCUGGUUAUCAAGCGAGUAUCUGGAAUGAAGGCCACCAAUAUACCGGCUGUGCAGGCCAACAAAUUCGAUAUCAUUGAUUUCUUGUUUAGCAUGUCCGAAUACCAUCAUCCGGAGAAUAUCCGAUUACCACCGGAUUACGAGCCGCCAAAGCUGGCUAUCAUAGCGUUUUACUGGAAGGCGUGGCUGAUUUUGCUCAUGAUAUCCGCACACAAUCCCUCCUCCUUUGGAGCCUUUUGCUGGGAUCACUACCCCACAAUGAAGAUGAUGAUGGAAAUAUGUAUUACUAAUCAGUUCAAUAAUUCGGCAGCAAACAAGGAUGAGUUGCAGAUAAUCACAGUGGAGAGGGAUCAUAUUCUGCAGUUUGAAACAUAUUUGGCUGCUCAAACAUCGCCCCAUGCAGUUAUUACCGAAGAGACUGCAAUUUUAAUCACUCAACUGAUGUUGAUGGAUCCAAUGGGUACGCCGAGAAAAGUGCCCUCAAUGGUGUUGGACCAGCUGAAGUUUCUUAACCAGACAUACAAGCUGGGCCAUUUGUUCUGCCGCUGCCGCAAGCCGGACUUGCUAUUGGACAUUAUUCAGAGGCAGGGCACCACGCAGUCCAUGCCCUGGCUUUCAGACCUGGUUCAGAACAGCGAGGGUGACUUCAGCCAUCUUCCAGUACAGUGCUUGUGCGAGUUCCUACUUUUCAAUGCGCACAUCAUCAACGAAGAAAAUAGUCGAGAUGCCGAACUGGUCAACUUCCUGAGAAAUUUAAUAUUUGAUGGAAAUUUAAGCCACCAAAUCGUUUGCGAGCUUUUGGACUAUAUAUUUAGACGGUUGUCAUCCACGGUAAAACAAUCACGUGUAGCGGCUCUAUUAGGUCUGAAAAUAAUUUUCAGGCACUCUGGAGAUUUUGAAAACGAAUGGCUGUUGAAGUCGAUCCAGCAAAUUCCCCAUUUUUUUGAGGUUAAACCCUUUAUAAUUCCACAGCUGCGAGCUGCCUGCCAGGUCGAGAACUGUCCCGAGCUGAUUAUGGCCUACAUUCAGUUUAUUACGGCGCACACGCUGAACGAUCCUGUUAAUGAAAUGCUCGACCAUGUCAUCGAUAUGGCACAGUUGAUAGUGGAACGCAGCACAAUGUUCCAGCACAUCAUUAUAUCUCAGGAGGAUUAUGAUUACGUGCCCGACGAGAACCGCAUUCAGACGCUUAAGUGCCUUUUUGUAAUGUUUAAUAAUUAUAUUAUUAAGCUGAGGGAAUACCAUGAACCGUACGAGUGGACCGAAUAUCCGGACUUACUGAUGGUUCAGUUUGACGACGGAGUGCAGCUGCCCCUCCACAUAAACAUUAUUCACGCCUUCAUUAUCCUGCUUACAUAUUCAAACAGCAACAUGCCCGAAUCGAUUCCCAUUUUAGAUUAUUGGUUUCCACCAGGACGACCCGCUCCCGUUGCUUUCCUGCCCAGCAUGCCGCAGGAACAGGUUCAACUUUUGCCCGACUGGUUGAAGCUAAAAAUGAUCCGUUCGUCCGUUGACAGACUGAUCGAGGCCGCUCUGAAUGACCUGACACCCGAUCAAAUUGUACUGUUUGUGCAAAACUUCGGCACGCCGGUCAACUCAAUGUCAAAGCUCCUGGCCAUGUUGGACACAGCUGUAUUGGAGCAGUUUGAUUUGGUGAAGAAUGCCAUCCUCAAUAAGGCUUAUCUAGCGCAACUCAUUGAGAUACAGCAGGCGCGUGGAGCAAAAAAUGGACACUACACCGUUCAGGCGCUCGAUCUGCAUUCCCACUCACAGACCGUGCCGGAUUUGCCAAAAAUCAGUGUAGUUAUCCAGGAGACGGUGGAUAUUGACGAUUACGAUUCCACAGAAUCGGCUAGAAGUCGGAACGAUUUCACGACCACUAAAGAGGUGUCACAAAAACUGUUGAAUGUGAUGGUCAGCCCAAAUAGCAAUCGAAACGAUCUGGUCACAGCCAUAACCGAACUGAUAGCCGUGGGUAGCGAUGCCGUUACGAAUCGACAUGCCUGCACUACUUUAAGAACCUUUCUUAGUUCUAUGCUGCACAGCGAUAAAUACCACAUACUGGAGACUACUUUGAAAAAGAACAUUAAUAUUUUCAAGCACAAUUUCACCGACUCCAGUCUGCUGAAGACAGAACUAUAUCGUGAGAGCUUGGUUUUUAUGUUAAGAAAUUCCUGCGAGACUUUUGUGCAGCAGUUUAAGACGAAUUCCGCUUCGUUGGGCAGAAAAAAAAUUGUAAGGAGCAUCAUCGAUAGUUUCAAUCAGACCGAAGAUUGCAAAACGGUCGCGAAAAGCAAGAGCGACCAGCUCUUCCACAACGGACUCUUUAUCGAUUGGCUGUCUGAAAUGGAUCCCGAAAUCGUUUCAACGCAGCUGAUGAAGGAGCGCUUCCUCUUCUCAAAGUCUUGUAGCGAGUUUAGAUUCUAUCUACUGUCUUUAAUCAAUCACCAAACCAACUGGGACACAAUCGAAAGAAUUUCCGAGUAUUUGUUUAAGAAUUUCCAUGAAGACUACGACUGUGCGACGGUUCUGAACUAUUUCGAGGCUCUGACCACUAAUCCAAAACUUUGGAAAGGUCGUGAGAAGUACAUGUCAAAGAACGUACGGCCGGAUGCCUUCUUCUUACUAAGGACUUCAGAACUGGAACCGUUUGCCCACUUUAUUUUGCACGAAGGACUUUCGGAGGUCAAGGUGAAUAGCGGAAAUUACGAUUUUAAGCUCUGCUCGAGAAUGAACCUGCUGUUUAAGCUAACAGAGAAACGAAGAGAUCUUAUGGUUAGAGUAAUGGAAUACGUGGAGAGCAGUGCAGUGUCCGACCAUUUGAAACUGCAGGUCCUACAGCAAAUGUACAUCAUGUACCCCCGAGUUAAGUUCCUUAAACCAAGCAAAACUGGCGAGCAGGCCUACAAAUUGCAGAGUUUAAAGGGUUGCCAGGCCGACAAGGUAUCCAACAAUUUAAUAACCUGUUUGGGAAGUCUGGUGCGCAAGAAAGAUUUUGAAACCCUGUCCACGGACACAGAGUUGCUUCUGCGCAAGCUGGCUGCUUCUCAUCCGCUGCUGUUUCUUCGCCAGUUAAGCGUCCUGUCGUCCAUUAUGCAGGGUCGGGCCCAGAUCAGCAUGAAGGCCUUGCGGGAGGAGCACCACUUUCACAGAUUUGUUCAAAUCCUCAGGACACUGGAGCUGCUACAGCCAACCAUCUUUGAGGACGCGUACAAAAAUGAGAUUCAAAACAUGCUGUCGUGCUACUUCAAUUUCUUUAAGCACCAUAGUUCGGUGAAAGAGGCGUGUCAAAUGCUGAAUAAGUUUGUGCAAAUGCUGCAGGCUUACAUAAACUGCAAUCCCUCAAGUGCCCUGCUCUUCAUCGAGCAGUACGUUGGCAUCCUCAAGGAAUUGGCUGCCAAGUACACCUGGCUAAGUAAGCUCCAGGUUUUGGUUCAAGCAGUGGCCUUACUGCAGCAUAAGUCGCAUUCAGCCACCGAAUUGGACGACGAGGAGGUUAAGUACGAGUACGAUCUGGACGAGCACUUUGAGGUGAAACCAUCGGCCAGCAAAGGCGUAGUUUCGGAGGACCCCAUCGAGGGAAACCCGCCCACGCCCAAUGAUGUGGCUGGCAGCAGGGGCACUUCUUCGGUCCUUACCUUAGGCUCCUACAGCAAAUCGAACUACACGGAAAUAUCACCAUACUUCCUUGAUCUUAUCAAGAUAAUUAAACAGGCGAACACCGAGGACGUCAUUCUGUUUCCCAUGAAAGAGUUGGAGUGUCUGACCUCCAAAAGAUUUGUUUUUAUCAACGAGCUAUUUGAGAGAUUGCUCAACCUGAUAUUCUCUCCGAGUGCUCAGAUCCGUUCCAUCGCCUUCAUCAUCCUGAUCAGACAUCUUAAGCACAAUCCUGGCAACUCGGACAUAAACCUGUGCACCCUGAAUGCCUACAUUCAGUGCCUGCGUGAUGAGAACUCCUUGGUGGCGGCGACGGCUAUAGAUAAUUUGCCGGAAAUGUCGGUGCUGCUGCAGGAACACGCAAUAGAUAUUCUAACCGUGGCCUUUUCGCUGGGCCUGAAAUCGUGCCUGAACACUGGCCACCAGAUACGAAAGGUCCUUCAGACAUUAGUGAUUCAGCAUGGCUAUUAAAUGUUCUGCUUAUAAGUUAGACUUCUCAUCUUAUGUAUAUUGUAAUCUUACAGCUAAACGUUUUUUAAUAAUAAAGUGUAUUCAGAGGUACAAGAUUUCUACCACA